UGCAAGCUGAAUGUUCAACUAACAGAAACUCAACUGAAACAAUAUUCCUCUUAGAAAUAUGAGUUCGCGAUCGAAAUCGGUCUUAAAGACGAAGCAAACUGCUCGCAUUGUCAUCAUUGGAGCCGGCGUCUCUGGAAUAGCGGCAGCAACACGUCUACUGGAACAGGGCUUUAAGAAUGUGAAACUAUUGGAGGCAGAGAAUCGGAUAGGAGGACGUAUCAAUACGGUUUCGUUUGGGGACAGUGUGAUCGAUAAGGGCGCACAGUGGUGCCAUGGCGAAAACGGCAAUGUUGUCUAUCAGCGUGUCAGGGAUUUGAAUCUGCUCGACAGAACAGGUGACGCCUUGAAAGACCCAAUCUAUGUGCGCUCCAACAAGGAGAUCUUGCCCGGUGAAAUUGCAAAUGUGCUUGGAGCUGCUGCAGAGGCUGCACUACCAACUGGACCAGAUGAGAGCAAUGGCUCACUUGGCGAUCACUUAACGGACAACUAUUGGAAGGGACUGGCGAGAGCACCACCAGUAGAUCAGACCAUCGCCAAGGAAAUGUUGGAGACCCUCAAGAGAUCCAGGUGUUCUUUCACUGCUUCGGAUCAUCUGUUUGAGGUGUCCAGACGCGCGCAUCUGGAGAUCGCCAACUGCGAUGGUGAGUUUUUACUCAACUGGCGCGACAAGGGAUAUCGGAGCUUUCUGAAACUGCUGAUGAAUGCCAAUGCGAAUGAGCCCGAGGAUCUGGGCAUUCUCAAUGGACACAUUCAACUUAGCAAGCGUCUGUCUGAGAUCAAUUGGGCAGGCGCCGAGGAGUUGCUUCUGCGGUGUUGGGAUGGCGAAGUCCUAACUGCAGAUCAUGUCAUCUGCACUGUGUCGUUGGGUGUGCUGAAGGAACAGCAUGAAAAGCUAUUUGUGCCGGCCCUGCCUGCUGCCAAAGUACGUGCAAUCAAGGGACUCAAGCUGGGCACCAUUAAUAAGUUGUUCGUGGAGUACUCCGCACAGCCCUUGCCCAAGGCUUACUCUGGCUUCAACUUCCUUUGGCUGGAGGAAGAUCUGCUUGAGUUGCGUGGCACCGAACGCUUCUGGCUGGAAGGCGUUUCCGGAUUUCACCGCGUUCUGCACCAGCCUCGUCUGCUGCAAGGUUGGAUCAUUGGCGAACAUGCCCGCUACAUGGAAACCCUGACGGAGGAGGAAGUUGUCGAUGGUCUCCAGUGGCUCUUCCACAAAUUUCUGCCCUUCGAUAUGCCGCAACCGUUGCACUUUGUACGCUCUCAGUGGAGCUCCAAUCCCAAUUUCCGAGGUAGCAUUAGCUCACGUACCAACUACACGGAUGAGCUGCGUACAGGCCCCUGGGAUCUGGAGACGCCUCUACUUGAUGCCGAUGGCAUGCCACUAGUGCAAUUUGCUGGCGAAGCUUCCAGCAAAACGCAUUUCUCCUCGGUGCAUGGUGCCACAGAAACGGGUUGGCGGGAGGCAGAUCGCCUCAAUGAUUAUUACAGCCGUCGCAAUGCUGCUUAAAGUAGGCGUUGCUAGAUUGUCACCGAUUGAUUUUGACAAGGUAAAUCUAAGGUGUCAAUCAAACACAAUGUUCAAUGAAAUAUAUAUAAUUUAAUUUUACAAGAAAUAAGAAUAUUAAAUCCCAUCUUUUCUUAAUAUACAAAAGGAUUUUUUCUAUAGUUGGGUUAAAUACUUUUCAAUCAAUUUCUGAAACACAUUAUAUAUCGAGAAGACAUAUAUUAAUUUCAAAUGUCUGUAUAUAAUUGUUCAACUGUACUCAAUUUUUGAAUAUAUAUAAAAUUAUAAAAAAUAAA